AGGCACCCACCCCUGUUUUCCAGUCGUGUGUGCGUCACCAUUGGCCAGCGCGGCUACGGUUGUAUAGAUUCCAUUGGUCAAUUUUCCGGGCACGCGGACAAUGGUGGAUCUUUGUAACCUGUGCGCGUGCUUGAAGAAAACCGCAGGGUUGGAGUACAUGAACAUCAUUUCAGCACUGACACCCGCGGAGAGCGAGUGUAUAAACGAUUAGGAAUUGGAGAUACGUUAACGGUAGAUUACUUAUAUAUAUAUAUUUUAAAACCUUAUCCCUUGGUUAAAUAUAUUACUACCGAUCUAUUGGUCAUAGCUGGAAUUUAAAGCGAAUUCGACAAACCCAGUUUGCCCUGCAUCAGCAAGCUAGCGAGGGCUGCUAACUGCUGCGGUAGGACCGGACACAACACAGUACCCGAGUGACCCGAAACAAAAUCCUAUAUUUCGUAUCUUUUCAGGUUUGAGAUUGACCAAUUAAUUUUGUCUUCAGCGGGAUCCCGGUUCGGAUUGACCGGGAAUAACGGGACCGAAAUCGAUUUAUCAUCCUCUAAAUCGACUGUUCCCCUUUUGAACAAUCAAUUCAUUCCACAGAGAACAGAUUUCUUUCAAAUCCAUUCACUUGUCAGGUUGCUGAAUGUAAUCGGAGUCUCGCUGUUUGUUAUUGUCCCGGACUCAUUCCCGACGCUCCCCGCUCCUGGAUCCCGCGCUCUCGCUCGCUCUCAAGCAUCUCUCUUAGUUUAUUUCUCGGUGCAAUUUUACGGGUAAAGUGUAACCAUGUGCUCCCGAGUGUGGUUGGUGACGGACCGGCGGAUCAGCGAGGAUUACCCCCAGGUCCGGAUCCUUCGUGCUCUGAAGCAGCGAUGCGCCGAGGAAGAGGUGGAGUUCAGGGCUGUGCUCAUGGACCAGAUAGUUCUCACCAUCACUGAUGGACAACUAGGCCUGCGAGUGGACCAGGAAGUGCAGACCUCCUACCCCCAUGUGGCAGUCAUACGCGUGCCCACCCCCUGGGUCCAGUCAGACAGCGACAUCACCGUCCUGCGGCACCUGGAAAAAAUGGGCUGUCGCUUGGUCAACCGGCCUCAGGCCAUCCUCAACUGUGUGAACAAGUUCUGGACCCUCCAGGAGCUGGCUGGACAUGGGGUGCCUCUGCCGGACACCUUCUCCUAUGGAGGCCAUGAGAACUUCAGCAAGAUGAUUGAGGAGGCAGAGCCGCUGGGAUACCCCAUGGUGGUCAAGAACACUCGAGGUCACCGAGGGAAGGCAGUAUUCCUCGCCCAGGACAAGCACCACCUCAUGGAUAUUUCCCACGUGAUCCGCCACGAGGCGCCCUACCUCUUCCAGAAGUACGUGAAGGAGUCCCACGGGAAGGACAUCCGCGUGGUGGUGGUGGGGGGGCGUCUGAUCGGCUCCAUGCUGCGCUGCUCCACUGACGGGAGGAUGCAGAGUAAUUGUUCUCUGGGUGGCGUGGGGAUGCUGUGCCCCCUGAGCGAGCAGGGCAGGCAGCUGGCAGUGCAGGUGUCCAACAUCCUGGGCAUGGACGUGUGCGGCAUCGACCUGCUGAUGAAGGACGACGGCUCGUUUGUGGUGUGUGAGGCCAACGCCAACGUGGGCUUCAUCGCCUUUGACCGUGCCUGCGGCCUGGACGUGGGGGGCAUCAUCGCCGACUACACGCUCUCCUUGCUGCCCAGCCGCCUCACCCGCAAGAUGUCCCUGCUCUCCGUGGUGUCUAGCGCCAGCGAGACCAGCAGCGAGCCCGAGGUGUGCCUGCCUGCCAGCGCCAUCCCAGAGGCCGUGUACGCCAUGAGCGCGGGCUCCACCUCCAGCGAGAGCGACCCCGAGCUGCCUCUGCCAGACACCCCCUUCAACAUGAACAGCAUCAGCAGGAGCGAGAUCAAGCUACUGACUGAGUGAGGCUGCAGGCUCGCACACACUCACAGCACACACACACUCACACACACAUGCACUCACACACUCACAGCAUUGGCAGGCUGCUUCCCUUUACAACACUCAAUUAAUUCAGUACGGGACCAUGGGGGUGUGGAUUCUUCAGAGGGUGCUCAAUACAGCUGUGCCAGAAUAUUGUGGCUGCAAGUUAAUUCUAUAUUUGAAAAUGGUUUAACCAGGAUAGCCCAUCAUUCAUAUUCAUGAGAUAGAAAGCUGGAUGAUACCCUGGCACUUGUCCCUUGCUCUUAUUAGUUGAACUGUGAUUUCAAAUCAGUGUCUCCUGGUUCCCAGUGUCCAACUCUAAACACAAAGCCUCAUGUUUUCAGUUUUUAUUUUCCAGCUCUCCAAACCCAGAUCAACAUAAAAACAAGGUCAGCUUACCUGCAGUGAAGGCUCAUGGGAGUGCGGAGUGUGGUUCUCCUGCGCUGUUACACCACAUCAGCAGUUUCAGUGCAGUCUGGUGAUGGUGAAUUGCAGUUAAAAUGUAGAUUUGGCAUUCAAAGUUGCUUACUCCUACAUUAGAGAUCCAUUUCAACUAUAUAUUUCACAGGCAGGAUCAAGUGCAGAGAAAUUAGAGGACAGAUGCAUCAGGAAAUGUUGUUUUGUUGCAUUGCCACUUGAAGAAUGUAGGGGUUCAGUAAACCUGAUUUCUAUUGGUCCAAGCUGUAGUGGCAAUGUAACUCAUUACCUGGCAACCGCUAAAGCAACAGUAUUGAUUUGAGCAGCUUGAGUGUCAUCUACAACUAGAGGCUUCCAGUCUGCUUCCCUCAUUCCCUUUGGUACCAUCCUUGUUCUAGUGUGCUUUGAAACAGAGGCAGGCCUGUUUAUUAAAUAAGGGUUCAUAUUGAUGAAACUUUGUGUCCACUGUUUCUUAGGUUUUCAAACACCGGGGAGUUCAGGUUUUGUGAAUAUGGGUUCAGGUUGAACAGUGAAACAGACCGGUAUAAACUUUUCUUUAUAGAGCAGGCUAGACAGGAGAGAGAGAGAGGUUCCACAGUUCUUUUAUCUGAGUGCUUUGGUUUCCUCUGCUCCCACAGGUUCUCCCUGUUGGGUAUCCACUUAACCUAGGACCAGAGUAAGGGACCAGCAUUUAGAAAGUCUUCAUUAAAACAGUGGUCUUGGUGAAAGCCAUUCACUGUAAUACCAGCUGUAUGGAGUAAGCUCUUGCUGUUUCAUUUUGUAUAAAAUAUUAGUAUUUUAGCAAUACAUGUUUACAUUCUAAAAUUAAACAGCAAGAAAUUCUUCGUCGUAUAAAAAAGGUAAGAACAAUGAGUCACUGGACAAUUGAUAGUUUGACUUGAUAAGGUCAUGCUAAGUACUGUAUGCACGUGUAUUUUAUAGCAAAUACGUUAUUUCCAGUUGAUACACAAAUCUUUACAUAAUCAUAUUUUAUGACUGGACUUGCCAGUGCUAAAUGUACCCAGGCAAGCACAAACAGAUUGUUAUUUUAAGUGCAGCAAUAGGAAUAGAGGCCUGAAAGCAGCCAGUGCCCUGAAACACAACUCCGUUCCUUAUUGUCUGAUUGCAUUGACCAGUGCAGUGGAUACUGCUGACAGGAGAGUCAGGAUGAUUCUGCACGAAAGGUUUGUGAAUGGAUGCUAAAACAAACCAGCAGGCAGCCUUCCUUGGGCAUGUUAGACUCCAGUCCAUUACUUCCAUUCAUACACACCACGGUGACUAAAUCAAAUAAGCGAAGCACCAACUGUUUAAUUGCUUUUUAUACUGUAUUUCUCAUAUUUUUAUUGAAACACUUUAAUGAAUUUUGAUGAGAAAAAAUCAAAUGAAAAAACAAGGAGCGUUUACGGAAAUGCUCCCAGACCUCGCCUAAAUAUUUUUUUACGUAAUCAGGCUUUUUCCAAUGUGAUGCUUCUGUUUGAUUUUCUCUUGCCGUGGCAACGCAAUUUGGUUCACUUCAUUCACAAUGGAGCCGCAUAUCAUUCCCUGCUGUUCUGACAUGCCAAAGCAGCACCUGUCAUCUUGCAUUGCAUCACUUUAGGUCACUACUGCGAAGGCUGUCUGUGGCAGUCACGCACACACAGAACAUUUCAGUGUGCAGGACAACACGUACAGGAGUCGGACCAAAUAUUAGGAACAUCUGCUUUUGAAUAAAUAGGAUGUUACUUGUAACACAAAUGGAAUCCCUGGUAAGUGUUCUGUAAUAUAUAAAAGCUGCAUCUCCCCAUUGUAAUUUCAUUUCAGUCAUGAGAGGCAAGACAGCAGACUGGUAUAGGGUCGAUAGUACACACUCAGUUGACAGGCUUUUCCGUAUCCAAGACUGCACUAGUUACUGAUGCUUCAAUAGGAACAGGAUCUUAAAAGAAUUGUUCAGGAGACCAGACUUUCCUGCAGAUUUCCCCCACCUGUGUAACUGCCCUGAAGGAACCGGAGGAGAAAUGGUCACAUAUUCGCCAGAACAGUUCAAACAUCUUGCAAGCUUGUCACAUGUUGACCCUAGACCUCAUGGUGGCAGGUGUUUAAAAUGUUGUGUUCAGUCCCUGCACAUGCUAGUGAUUCUGCCCUAUCUUUGAGUAUCUUCUCUUCAACUGGCUCUAUCUAAAGCAGAUUAUAAACCAUCUGUCCCUGCAGUGGGACAAUGACAAUACAUCAUUAAAAUAGCAUUUGCUUAACGUCCUGUGGUAAACCGGUCUGGAUUACCACAUCAGGUGGGGCUUGCUUUCCCCCUGUAUUGAAAAGAAACCCAUUGAUAUUUCAAAUCACUUGUUUCUUGAAGUUCCCUGCUGUGUAUAGAUUUGAGCCCUGGCUUGAGUCUGUUUGACCAUUUUAUCCAAGAUGUUUUCCACAAAGGGUGAGCAUGAUGGCACAUGAACAAGUUGAACUGGUUUAGCUUUAGUUCACUGAACAUUUGCUUUUGUCCUUCCACUGGUUAACACUUAAUAUUGCUGCUAAUUAUUUUAAAGAGUCAGGACCUGUCCUGGAUCCUACUUUAUCAUUCCAUUGAUUCCAUUGAGGGAAGCAGCCCGGAUCAGAGUAAUUCAUUAUACAUACGUAGCUAGGAAGAAACCCAAACUUCAAACCAACACUCCACAGUACCAACAAUGUUAACAUGUGCUCUUUUUUUCUUUGUUUGUUUCAUACAGUUCAGUGGUUUUCAUUUUUUUAUUUAUUGUAUAUUUAAAAAAAAAGGUUUGUGUGCUCUAAUCCGCUUCAAAGGGUAAAGCGAAAAGUUUGCAUUUUAUGGAAUAUUUUACUAACUGUUUGUGUCAACAGACAUGUAAAGCACUUGCAAUAAACUGUGGAAUGAACGUUCCUACUGGA